AGGUAUAAAAAAAAACGUGAUAAAACGAAAGUAGAAGGACAACACUUGCAAUCAUGUCUGGUCGUGAGGGAGGCAAAAAGAAGCCACUAAAGGCGCCCAAAAAGGACGCCAAGGAUUUGGACGACGAUGAUAUGGCAUUUAAGCAAAAACAAAAGGAACAGCAGAAAGCACUCGAAGCUGCCAAGGCGAAUGCCUCCAAAAAGGGUCCACUUGUCGGUGGCGGCAUCAAGAAAUCGGGCAAGAAAUGAUCAGGCACACCCAAUCAUUAUACCACACUCACAUCCAUGGACUGCGUACAAUUGAUCAGAGUUUUGGAGAUUUUGUAAUUUUCACAAAAACAGACAAAACACACUCAAACCCACACACAUACAUACAAAUUCGUACGGAAGUGAGCCACAUACAUUUAUAGUUUUUCUGUUUUUUACUUACGAUUUAUAAAUAAAUAUAAAAAGAAUUAUCAACAGGUAAUUCCCUUAAAGGUA